GAAACAACUAAGAUGCUCAAGUAGAAAUCCAGGCUGUACCUGUCAGGCUGGACUCAGCAAGCAGUGUUCAUUGUGUACUAGUAAUCUGGUAGACAGCCGACAGCUGAGAAUGGAUUUCCACGCUGCCAUGGAGACCUUGGCUGAGGCUUGGGUGGCUGCCAAUACACAGACAGCGCUCACUGCAGAACAUCAGGGCCCCAGACCCAGUGUGAAUAACCUGCCCACCAUGUUGCCCAGGGAACAGUUUCAGUGGGGACAGCAGCCUUCACCAGAGAGAGCAGUAGCCCAGCCCAGUACUUCCUCUGGGGUCAAAUCCCUCCCUAUUCACUGUGUGGUAGAGCACAUCCAGAGCCCGGUGCCACCAGACGGCGCUGCUGCCCAAGACGCACCUGACACCACCAUUGAACAAGAUGGAUAUGCCAUCCUGGCCAGUAACACUCCCUUCCAUGACAUUGUGGUGACGGCGCUGCUCAAACUGGGCUACAAUUCACUGGAUGCAAUGUCUGCUAAAGGUGCUAUUCAGAUCAAGAACUGGAAGCCUCUGGCGUUUGAUACUAUAACUGAGAACAAGGAGGCCACCAUAGACCAGAUUCUGGGGGAACUGACCAACAUAGCCACACUGAGGAUUAAAAUCUCCUCCUCCUCGUCAUCAACAUCAUCACCAGACAUCAAGGACAAGCUGCUCCGGUUGUUGUUGUCAUACUCUCAGGAAUUGCUGCUGUCUUCUGGAUGUCCACUUGAUAAGGACAUCCUGUCACAGAUUUCUCAGGGACAGAUCAUUACGGACUCCGUCAUCUCUCCCACCAUGAAGGAGGACUUCUAUAGAUGGUAUCAAGACCAGCUUCAGAGCAGGGCUUUCUCUGUCCUGGCAUCGCUGAACCAAGACGACAAGGAAUCUCAGAGAAAAACCAUGAUGUUUCUCCAGCAGCAAGUGCCCUCAGCAGGCGGCGCCACGGAACAGCCACUAGGUGUCUCCACUGUACAGACAAGAGGGACUUAUCUUCCCCCACACCCAUCCAUGACCCAAGCCCAGAUUGGGGAGCCAAACCAGCAAGUGUCUUUCCCACCCAAUAACAGCCAUCAUCACCUCUUACUUCACAGGUCACCACCAGCUGGCAGCACUGCAGAUGACGCCCAAGAUGUGACCUCCCCCAGUUCUGUUGUUGGGAGUGCCGGAAAAUCGCGCCCAAGGAUGCGAGUGAACUUUGACCCACACUACGAAGUUCCCAGGCUUCUGUACUGGUUUAAUAUCAAUGAUCACCCAAAUCGUACUCAGAUGGAGGCUUACGUGGCUAAACUCAAUUCUCUCCCUACGAGAUAUGGAAAAAGACCCCUUGACGUCACCAACAUUAUGUACUGGUUCAAGAAUCUGCGAGCUGCGCGGCGUAGGAUUGCACGUACAGAAGAUAGCCUCAAUGCACUCAGUGACUCCAAUGACAAACUCAACUACAACUCAAAAGAGCACCUCAGGUGUCUCCCUCCUCAGAUGGGUUCUACAGAAAGAUUUUCUCCGUCUCAUCCCAGUGCAGUCCAUCCACUCUCUGUUACCUCACGACCAGUCCACCUAGGAAGAACCUCGCCUCAGCAGGUCACCCAACCCAUGGGUCUCUCCCACUCCAUUGCCUCCAUAGUAAACAGUCCCAAGGACGAAAAGCUUGGCUCGCAGCCUUCAGAAGUCAAGUCCAAUUCUCCCAGGUUGGAGAACAGUCACGUGUCCAAUUCUAGUCACGAAGAAGAUGAUGAUGAGGAAAUAGAUGUUGAAGAUGAUAGUGAGGAUGAAAGUCCACUGCGUAUUGUGAUUGACCCAAACGAGGAUAUGCUUGAUGAUGAAUCUGUAAAAACUGACUCAACUUGUCUUGAAUCUUCAAACAAUAAAGGUGCUCCCUCCGUUGAGGAAAAAACUGUGACAGCCCAUGAUCAACACACAUCCAACAAUCACUGUCAAGGCAAAAUAAGUGAUGCUGUGGAGAAAAACUAUAAUUCCCAACCAAUUGAAGUAGAAGUGGCAAGCUCAGCGGAACCUCAGGAAGAACCAGUUGACUUCUCUUUGACAAAACGUAGCUCGGGGGACAGGAUCCCACGGGCAGCCAGUGUAUACAGCUCUAGUAACUCGCGCCCAAGUUCUGUUGCCUCCAGUGUGGGGAGCGGGUCUUUGUCAUAUGAGCCUCAGCCUGAACCAGCUCACAAGAAAAUCAAAAUGGAGGAUGGCACAUCUUGGAGUGCACAUGGAGGCCUACCUCGCCACCAGUUCCCAAGGUCAUUCUCAAGGUCAAGUUCAAGGUCUCCUACUGGGUCAAGUUCAAGGUCAGCUUCCCCAUUGGAGAAUGUUAAAGGGGUCACCUCUUCAACCAGCCCUUCAGUCACUGGAGUAUUUGGACUUAAUGGACAGAUCAAACAGGAGACAGUAAAGGAUUGCAAUGCUGGGUUAUACCCCCCUAGUUCUGCACAGUCCCCCUUGGCCCCAGGGUAUCAGGGUGUUCCACCCCCUCUGUUUCCGAAUGGUAAGCUACCACGUGGUAUGUUUGGUGGUGCUCAGAUUCCAUCUCCUCUGACCCUGAGCUCACUCCAGCAGCACCAGCAACAGCAGGCAGUACUGCCACCUAUUGGUUUCAAUCCAUACUUCAACCCUUACUUCAUGCAGGCUCAACAGAGUGGUGGAAUGGGCAACGGAUUGCUGAUGAUACAGCCCAAGUCUGGUUCCUCGUCACCGACAACUUCUCCUUUUGCCACGUCACCAGGAAGUGGACACGGUCCGAGCUACGCCAGAUCUGACCCUGAUCAUGAAAUUACCACCUCUCCAACAGUGACCAUCGAGAAGAGACAACGCACAAGGGUCUUCAUUGAUCCCAUCACUGAAAUCCCCAGACUUGAGUCCUGGUUCCUCUUGGACACGCAUCCCUCUAUGUACGAGAUGGAGAAGUACUGUGACAUUCUGAACUCUUCUGAGUAUCGACAGAAAUUUCCCAAAUUGAAUGUGCGCAAUGUUCAGUUGUGGUUCAAGAAUCACCGUGCCAAAGUGAAGCGUUUGAAGGGUGCUGACGUGAGAAUCGCCAUGGCCUACGAGAUGGCGGAAGCUAAGAUGAUGUGCUAGUCCUUUGAGACAAGAAUACUGUGACAGUUAGUGGUAAAAUAAGUCAGACCAAUGGUAAUAUGUAAUUAAAAUAAGCAAUAUUCUAUAUGUAUGUUAACAAAUGAAGAGGUUAUAUUUAUAAUAUAAGUUGAGACCAAUCAAGUGUAUGAGGGCCAAAAUGUAGAACUAACAUAUUGAGGUGUGAUAUUAUUAUGAGGACGAUAAAUGCUGUAUUUCCUCAUUUGUAUAGCUUAUUGACAAUGUUUUCAGUGCUUUCUGCAGAAGAAUACAGGGAUGAAAAGAGAAACUAGAAGUUUCUCAAAGUUUUUAUCAUAGACCAACCAUUGAAAGAAUAUUUAUUGAUUUAUUUAUUUAUUUAUUUAUUUAUUUAUUUAUUUUCAUUCAAAACUGACAGCAAUAUAGUAGUUAGCUUAUGACGUAAGUGGACCCAGUCCACACACUAGUUUAUAGUUUAGCAUGAAGUAAAGUGUAGAACUUAGAUGUUUGAUAAAGAUGACUAGAGAUGUUGUCUGUUGAGAAGUUGUCAUGUGAUAUUAGCUUGAUGGAGUAUAACAUGUAUAUUUGUACAUUAUUUGGAAAACUUGUGUACUAAGUAGUUAGUAGAUAUACACUUUGAUUUACAUCUCACAGUUUAUAGAUACGUUAGGCUGUUAUUAAAUAACCCAAAGUCUAGUCUGGUAGAUGCACACAGUAAAUUUUCAUUUCAUUAAGUUUCCAAGAGAUAUUUCUAGAUAUGCUAGACUGUUAUUAAAUAACCCAAUCAGUGUCUAGUUUAUGCUCUCUGAGGUGACUGAGAAGACCAUUCUCCUUUGCUAUUAUGCCAUUGUGUAACAUAUCUUUACAGUAUUUUGUUCCCAUUUCAAUAUUUUCUGUAGUGGAUGAGUACUGUGGUGCUUACCGGAAUGUAAAUAUAUUUUUUUUGCCAUUAUACUUAAGGUAGUAUAAGGAAAUGUGGCCUGUGAUGAGAAAAUGUGGUGAUGUGAGUUGAUAUUAGCUGUUUCUUCAACUAGCUUGACUCAAUAGGAUUCAGAUUUAAAUGUUUUUAAUUGUAGUAUUAAUUCAUAAGCAGUUUGUGUUAAUUUUGACAUCAUGAUAUUCUAAGUACUUAAUAAGACAAAGCUCCUUAUUUUCAUACUUUGCUAACUGCCAGUGAUUUUUUAAUCUAACAGAUAGACCAUGGUGGCAUAUUGUAAUUGUUUGACAAGUAAAAAAGACUUCUUUCUUUCUUUUCCUUAUUCUGGAUAUUGUAUUUUUCAUCAGGGUUUCGCAAACACUAGUCAUUAUUUUUGUGUUUUUGAGCAAAAAGUCAAAAUAUUACCCAACACAUGUCAUGGUGCAUUAAAUGAUUCUAUUAUAUUGAACUUAAUAAAUAUAUUUUGUGUGUAUGUAUAUUUGAUAGCCAUAAUAAAGCCAUAUUUUGUGGUACAGGGUAUUUUUGUAUAACAAUCGAUGGAAUAAAGAUCUUUACAUUUUA